CAGUUGCUGGGGUUUUGAGUUCUCUGUGACACCAGCAAGCCAGCCAGCUCAUGGGGAGGACUGGUGAGGGGCAUGUAGGGGAACUGAGCAGAGGAGCCACAGAGCAUCUUGAUGGAUUGUCCACAUUAGUGUACCCUGGGAGCCCAGGACAGAGUGUGGAGGGCAAGGACAGACUCAGUGACAGCUGAAACUGUAGACCUGAGAUGGGAAAUGCAGCUCUCUGCUCGUCUUGCCAUGCUGAGAAGAGCGUCAGAGCACAAGAACACAUGCAGGAAUUGGAUAAAACUCCAGAUUACUAUGGCUGUAACAUUGAGGACACCAAAGAACCAAGGGUACGGUCUGACAGCAAUGCAAGUUUCCUCCGUGCUGCGAGGGCAGGCAACUUGGACAAAGUCGUGGAAUACCUGAAAGGAGGCAUGGACAUCAAUACCUGCAACCAGAAUGGCCUCAACGCCCUCCAUCUGGCUGCCAAGGAAGGCCACGUGGGGCUGGUUCAGGAGCUGCUGGGAAGAGGGUCCUCUGUGGAUUCUGCCACUAAGAAAGGAAACACUGCUCUUCACAUAGCAUCUUUGGCUGGACAGGCGGAAGUCGUCAAGAUUCUUGUUAAGGAAGGAGCCAACAUCAACGCCCAGUCCCAGAAUGGCUUCACUCCUUUAUACAUGGCUGCCCAGGAGAAUCACAUUGACGUUGUAAAGUAUUUGCUGGAAAAUGGAGCUAAUCAGAGCACUGCUACAGAGGAUGGCUUUACUCCUCUAGCUGUGGCACUCCAGCAAGGACACAACCAAGCGGUGGCCAUCCUCUUAGAGAAUGACACCAAAGGGAAAGUAAGGCUGCCAGCUCUGCAUAUUGCAGCCAGGAAAGAUGACACCAAAUCUGCAGCACUGCUGCUUCAGAAUGACCACAAUGCUGAUGUACAGUCCAAGAGUGGUUUCACCCCUUUGCACAUAGCUGCACACUAUGGAAAUGUCAACGUGGCAACUCUUCUUCUAAACCGGGGAGCAGCUGUAGACUUCACAGCCAGGAAUGGAAUCACUCCUCUGCAUGUGGCUUCCAAAAGGGGAAACACAAACAUGGUGAAGCUCUUACUGGAUCGUGGUGGUCAGAUCGAUGCCAAAACUAGGGAUGGGCUGACACCACUUCACUGUGCUGCUCGAAGUGGGCACGACCAGGUGGUAGAACUUCUGCUGGAACGCGGUGCUCCCUUGCUGGCAAGGACCAAGAAUGGGCUGUCUCCACUUCACAUGGCUGCACAGGGGGACCAUGUGGAAUGUGUGAAGCACCUGCUACAGCACAAGGCGCCUGUGGAUGAUGUCACCCUAGAUUACCUGACAGCCCUCCACGUUGCUGCACACUGCGGCCACUAUCGUGUAACCAAGCUCCUUCUGGACAAGAGAGCCAACCCGAACGCCAGAGCCCUGAAUGGUUUUACUCCACUGCACAUUGCCUGCAAGAAAAACCGCAUCAAAGUCAUGGAACUGCUGGUGAAAUAUGGGGCUUCAAUCCAAGCUAUCACAGAGUCUGGCCUCACACCAAUACAUGUGGCUGCCUUCAUGGGCCACUUGAACAUUGUCCUCCUUCUGCUGCAGAACGGAGCCUCGUCAGAUGUCACUAACAUUCGUGGGGAGACCGCAUUGCACAUGGCAGCCCGGGCAGGGCAGGUGGAAGUGGUUCGAUGCCUCCUGCGAAAUGGUGCCCUUGUGGAUGCUAGAGCCAGGGAGGAGCAGACACCUUUGCAUAUUGCCUCCCGCUUGGGUAAGACAGAAAUUGUCCAGCUGCUUCUACAACAUAUGGCUCAUCCAGAUGCAGCCACUACGAAUGGGUACACUCCUUUGCACAUCUCUGCCCGAGAAGGCCAGGUAGACGUGGCGUCAGUCCUCUUGGAAGCAGGAGCAGCUCACUCCUUAGCUACCAAGAAAGGUUUUACUCCCCUGCAUGUAGCAGCCAAGUAUGGAAGCCUGGAUGUGGCAAAACUUCUCUUGCAACGUCGUGCUGCUGCGGACUCAGCAGGGAAGAAUGGCCUGACCCCGCUCCAUGUCGCUGCUCAUUAUGACAACCAGAAGGUGGCGCUGCUGCUACUGGAGAAGGGCGCCUCCCCGCUUGCCACUGCCAAGAAUGGUUAUACUCCUUUACAUAUUGCUGCUAAGAAGAAUCAGAUGCAGAUUGCAUCCACACUCCUGAACUAUGGAGCUGAGACUAACAUUGUGACAAAGCAAGGAGUAACCCCACUCCACCUGGCCUCACAGGAGGGGCACACGGAUAUGGUCACCUUGCUUCUGGAUAAGGGAGCCAAUAUUCACAUGUCAACCAAGAGUGGACUCACAUCCUUACAUCUUGCAGCACAAGAAGAUAAAGUAAAUGUUGCUGAUAUUCUCACCAAGCAUGGGGCUGACCAGGAUGCUCAUACGAAGCUUGGUUACACUCCUUUAAUUGUGGCCUGUCACUAUGGAAAUGUGAAAAUGGUCAACUUCCUUCUGAAGCAGGGGGCAAAUGUCAAUGCAAAAACCAAGAAUGGCUACACGCCUUUGCACCAGGCUGCCCAGCAGGGUCACACGCACAUCAUCAACGUCCUGCUCCAGCACGGGGCCAAGCCCAACGCCACCACUGCUAAUGGUAACACUGCCUUGGCGAUUGCUAAGCGUCUGGGCUACAUCUCUGUGGUCGAUACCCUGAAGGUUGUGACUGAAGAGGUCACCACCACUACUACGACUAUCACAGAAAAACACAAGCUUAAUGUUCCUGAGACGAUGACUGAGGUUCUUGAUGUUUCUGAUGAAGAGGCUUUCAAACAGUUUGGUGACCACUUUAUUGACGGGGGAGCACUUAGUGAUUCAGGUGAUGACACGAUGACAGGUGAUGGAGGAGAAUACCUUAGGCCUGAGGACCUCAAAGAAUUGGGGGAUGACUCACUGCCCAGCAGUCAGUUCCUGGACGGCAUGAAUUACCUGCGAUACAGCUUGGAGGGAGGACGAUCUGACAGCCUUCGAUCCUUCAGUUCCGACAGGUCUCACACUCUGAGUCAUGCGUCCUACCUGAGGGAUAGUGCCAUGAUUGACGACACAGUUGUGAUCCCCAGUCACCAGGUGUCAACUCUAGCCAAGGAGGCAGAAAGGAAUUCUUAUCGUCUGAGCUGGGGCACUGAGAACUUAGACAACGUGGCUCUUUCUUCCAGCCCUAUUCAUUCAGGUUUCUUGGUUAGUUUUAUGGUGGAUGCCCGAGGUGGUGCCAUGCGAGGAUGCAGACACAAUGGGCUCCGAAUUAUUAUUCCACCUCGGAAAUGUACAGCCCCAACACGAGUCACCUGCCGACUGGUCAAACGCCACAGACUAGCGACCAUGCCGCCCAUGGUGGAAGGAGAAGGCCUGGCCAGUCGCCUGAUCGAAGUCGGACCUUCUGGUGCUCAGUUCCUUGGGCCUGUGAUUGUGGAGAUCCCCCACUUUGCGGCCCUUCGAGGAAAGGAGAGGGAACUGGUGGUCCUGCGCAGCGAGAAUGGUGACAGCUGGAAAGAGCAUUUCUGUGACUACACUGAAGAUGAGUUGAAUGAGAUCCUCAACGGCAUGGAUGAAGUGCUGGAUAGCCCAGAGGAUCUGGAAAAGAAACGAAUCUGCCGCAUCAUCACCCGUGACUUCCCACAGUACUUUGCAGUGGUGUCCCGCAUCAAACAGGACAGCAACCUGAUUGGCCCAGAGGGAGGCGUGCUGAGCAGCACAGUGGUGCCCCAGGUGCAGGCUGUCUUUCCAGAGGGCGCCCUAACCAAGCGCAUCCGUGUAGGCCUACAGGCUCAGCCUAUGCACAGUGAGCUGGUUAAGAAGAUCUUAGGCAACAAAGCUACCUUCAGCCCUAUAGUCACUUUGGAACCUAGAAGAAGAAAAUUCCACAAACCAAUCACCAUGACCAUUCCAGUCCCCAAAGCUUCAAGCGAUGUCAUGUUGAAUGGUUUUGGGGGAGAUGCCCCAACUUUAAGAUUACUAUGCAGCAUAACAGGUGGAACCACCCCUGCACAGUGGGAAGACAUCACAGGAACCACACCACUAACUUUUGUCAAUGAAUGCGUUUCCUUUACGACCAAUGUGUCUGCCAGGUUCUGGCUGAUAGAUUGUCGACAGAUCCAAGAAUCCGUUACCUUUGCAUCACAGGUGUAUAGAGAAAUUAUUUGUGUACCCUAUAUGGCCAAAUUUGUAGUAUUUGCCAAAUCACAUGACCCCAUUGAAGCCAGGUUGAGAUGCUUCUGUAUGACUGAUGAUAAAGUGGACAAAACCCUUGAACAACAAGAAAACUUUUCUGAGGUGGCCAGGAGCAGGGAUGUAGAGGUGUUAGAAGGAAAACCCAUCUAUGUUGACUGUUUUGGCAACUUGGUGCCAUUAACCAAGAGUGGCCAGCAUCAUAUAUUCAGCUUUUUUGCCUUCAAAGAAAACAGACUUCCUCUCUUUGUCAAGGUACGUGAUACAACUCAGGAACCUUGCGGACGACUAUCAUUUAUGAAAGAGCCAAAAUCCACGAGAGGCCUGGUGCAUCAAGCUAUAUGCAACUUAAACAUCACCCUGCCGAUUUACACAAAGGAAUCAGAGUCAGAUCAAGAGCAGGAGGAAGAGAUCGAUAUGACAUCAGAAAAAAAUGAUGAGACAGAAUCUACAGAAACAUCUGUCCUGAAAAGUCACCUGGUUAAUGAAGUUCCUGUCCUGGCAAGUCCAGACUUGCUCUCUGAAGUUUCUGAGAUGAAACAAGACUUGAUCAAAAUGACCGCCAUCUUGACCACAGAUGUGUCUGAUAAGGCAGGUUCUAUUAAAGUGAAGGAGCUGGUGAAGGCUGCUGAGGAGGAGCCAGGCGAGCCCUUUGAAAUCGUUGAAAGAGUUAAAGAGGACUUAGAGAAGGUGAAUGAAAUCCUGAGAAGUGGCACCUGCUCCAGAGAUGAAGGCAGGGCACACAGCUGUCAGUCUGAGAGAGAACUAGUGGAAGAAGAAUGGGUUAUUGUCAGUGAGGAGGAAAUAGAAGAGGCUAAGCAAAAAGCACCCUUAGAAAUCCCGGAUUACCCAUGCAUAGAAGUUAGACUAGAUAAAGGGACAAAAGUCAAGGCAGAGAAAGACGCCACUGGGCUACUGAACUAUCUUACCGAGGACCUAAACUCAUAUGUGCCUCCUCCUGAACAGAAGCCACAGGUAGUUCUAGAUACGGCAGGGAAGACAAGUGAGGCUUCAGCUCUUAGCAAAAGCUCAGAAAAGGAAGGGAAGGGUACAUCCCCAGGGGACAAACAGACUCCCCAGAAACAGCCCAAACCAAGCCUGGGAAUAAAGAAGCCAGUGAGAAGGAAAUUAAAAGAAAAGCAGAAACAAAAAGAGGAAAGUCCACCAGCGAGCGAAGAAAAAGCUGAACUUAAAAAAGGGAGUUCAGAAGAGUCGUUAGAGGAAGACCCAGGUCUAGUUCCUGAACCUCUUCCCACUGUCAAGGCCACCUCUCCUCUGAUAGAAGAAACUCCUAUUGGUUCCAUAAAGGAUAAAGUGAAGGCUCUUCAGAAGCGAGUAGAAGAUGAACAGAAGGGGCGAAGCAAGUUGCCUGUAAGGGUCAAAGGCAAAGAGGAUGUGCCGAAAAAGGCCACUCACAGGACGCAGCCAGCCACAUCACCCUCUUUGAAGUCAGAGAGGCAUGUGCCAGUGUCACCUUCCUCUAAAACAGAAAGACACUCUUCUCUGUCCUCAUCUGCAAAACCUGAAAGGCACACUCCACUUUCACCAUCGAAUAAACCUGAGAAACACUCACCUGUGUCACCCUCUGCAAAAACCGAAAGACAUUCCCCUGUGUUGUCAAGUAAACCUGAGAAACACUCACCUGUGUCACCUUCGACAAAAACUGAAAGACACUCCCCUGUGUCAUCUACAAAAACAGAACGACACCCACCUGUUUCACCUUCAGGCAAAGCAGACAAACGCCCACCUGUACCCCCUUCCAGUAAAACAGAGAAGCAUCCUGCAGUGUCACCUGGGAGAACAGAAAAACGCUUGCCUGUUUCACCUUCUGGAAGGACAGAAAAGCACCCACCUGUGUCAACCACUGGGAAAACUGAGAAGCAUCUGUCAGUGUCACCCUCUGGGAAAACAGAAAAGCAACCACCUGUAUCCCCCACCUCAAAAACAGAAAGAAUUGAGGAAACCAUGUCUGUUCGGGAGUUGAUGAAGGCCUUCCAGUCAGGUCAGGACCCAUCUAAACAUAAAACUGGACUCUUUGAGCACAAAUCAGUAAAACAAAAGCAGUCACAAGAAAAAGGUAAAGCUCGGGUGGAGAAAGAAAAGGGGCAGACAGUAACCCAGAGAGAAACACAGAGAAUAGAGAGUCAGACAAUCAAACGUGGCCAGAGAUUCCUGGUAACAGGGAUUUCUGAAUCCAGAAGAGGGGUCCGUGCUUCCUCCAUAGGGCUUAAGAGAGAAGAGGCAGUUGGAGAAAAGGAAAAAGCUCCCAGCCUCAAAACACCUGAAACUAUUCAGUCAGCCUCUGAAGAAGAAAACCUCAAAGACAGUGAAAUCUUCGAAGAAAAAGUGACUGAUGAACAGGGAGACAUGGACCUCCAGAUCAGCCCGGACAGGAAGACCUCCACUGACUUUUCUGAAGUCAUUAAACAAGAGUUAGAAAACAAUGACAAAUACCAACAAUUCUGCUUGAGUGAAGAGACUGAAAAGGCACAGCUUCACUUAGAUCAAGUUCUCACGAGUCCCUUCAACACAGCAUUUCCACUAGAUUACAUGAAAGAUGACUUCCUCCCAGCUCUGUCUCGCCAGAGUGGUGCUUUGAACGGCAGUUCUGAAAGCCUAAAGCAGGAAGGGAUAGCAGGCUCUCCCUGCGGUAGCCUGAUGGAGGGGACCCCUCAGGUUAGUUCAGAAGAGAGCUAUAAGCAUGAGGGCCUAGCAGAAACCCCUGAAACAAGCCCAGAAAGCCUUUCUUUCUCACCAAAGAAAAGUAAGGAGCAAAUUGAGGAGGCAAAGGAAACCACCAAGGUGGAAACACCCACUGAAAUUCAUUCAGAGAAAGAGCAUCCUGCAGCCAGAGACAUUACUGAUGGUUCUGAAGAGCCAGGUGCUGUGGCCACUGAGGGCUCAGAGCCUGCUGCUGGGUGUUUUCAGAGGGAGACUGCCCCAGACGCUUCCCAAAAUGUAUGUCCCAAACAAGAAGGUGAUUCUCCUGGCAGUUCCAGUGGCUCCUUAGCACAAGAAACCCCCCGGGCAUUGACUCAGGAAGCGUCCUGUAGCGAAGGUCAGCUCACACUUGGUAGUUCAGAUCCCAGGGCACAAGCUGCUAGGGAGGCUCAGGAAUCCACAGCCACCUCAGAUGAGACAAAGGCCUCACCCCUGUCUGAUGCUUCUAUAAAGAUGGACACAGGAACCGAACCAAAGCCCCAGGGAGCCAUUAGAAGUCCCCAAGGGUUAGAACUUGCACUCCCUAGCCGUGACAGUGAGGUGCUCAGCCCAAUGGCCGAUGAGUCAUUAGCAGUGAGCCACAAAGAUUCUCUGGAAGCCAGCCCUGUGUUAGAAGAUAAUUCCUCACACAAAACUCCUGAUUCUCUGGAACCAAGUCCUCUGAAAGAAUCCCCUUGCCGGGACUCUCUUGAAAGCAGCCCUGUUGAACCAAAGAUGAAGGCAGGAAUUCUCCCAAGUCAUUUUCCCCUUCCUACAGCUGUUGCCAAAACAGAACUCGUUACAGAAGUGGCUUCCAUGCGGUCCCGGCUACUGCGAGACCCUGAUGGCAGUGCUGAAGAUGAUAGUCUUGAGCAGACAUCGCUCAUGGAGAGCUCAGGGAAAAGUCCCCUUUCUCCAGAUACCCCCAGCUCUGAAGAAGUUAGCUACGAGGUCACGCCCAAAGCUACAGAUGCAAGUGGACCAAAACCAGCUGUGAUUCAUGAGUGUGCAGAGGAGGAUGACUCAGAAAAUGGGGAGAAAAAGAGGUUCACACCCGAAGAGGAAAUGUUCAAAAUGGUAACCAAAAUUAAAAUGUUCGAUGAACUUGAACAAGAAGCAAAGCAGAAAAGGGACUACAAAAAAGAACCCAAGCAGGAGGAAUCUUCUUCGGCCUCUGAUCCAGAUGCUGACUGUAUGGCAGAUGGUUCAGCAGAUGUGGAUGAACCAAUACAAAUGAAGAACAUUGAGGGUGAAAGUGAUGCCCUUGGGUUGGUGACUUCAGAGAGCAGAAAGGCUUCUUCCUCCUCAGAAAGUGAGCCUGAGCUGACUCAGCUGAAGAAAGGUGCUGACUCAGGCCUUUUAUCAGAACCAGUUAUUCGCGUGCAACCUCCUUCCCCACUUCCAUCCAGCAUAGACUCCAAUUCCAGCCCUGAAGAAGUACGGUUCCAGCCUAUCGUUUCCAAACAAUAUACUUUCAAGAUGAAUGAAGAUAUUCAGGAAGAGCUAAGUAACUCAGAAGAAGAGAAAGAGUGUGAAGUCCGUUUGACUGAAGACAGUCAGACUAUUUCCACUGAUGGAGAAGAUAGGUCUUGUGAUGAUCUAAACAGAGACACUAAUCCACCAGAAAUCUGUAAUGGCCAUGGCUGUGAGCCUGGGUACCCUAGCUACUCAGCCACUCCUGUUGCCUUAGGUCUCCAGAGUUUGACUGGUGAUGAUGCUGAUGAGCAACUAUCUAUCUGUAAAGAAUCACUGGCUCCCCAAAGCACACAUGAAAAUGACACAGAAGGAGUAGAGCUGGAUGUUUCUAGACUGGAAUCCCCACUAGUAGAUUGCCCCAGUGAGAUCUCUUCUUCUUUGUCCUCCUUGCCUCAGUGUUCAGUAUCUGAAGGAAAGGAAUUAGAUGAAAAAAUGUCUUCCACAUCUUCCACUACAAAUGUGGAGGUCACAAAAACCAACCAAACCUUGGAGAACAUACCAAAGGACUGUGCCAUGCAAGACUCAUCUAUUACAACUCCAACAGAUGGGCUUUCCAUGGACCCUCCAAUGUGUGACCCAGCUGAGACUGAUGAAAUCUAUGAUCCUCAGAUCCCAAGCCCUUAUGAAAAUGUUCCUUCCCAAUCUUUUUUCUCUAGUGAAGAAAGCAAAACCCAAGCAGAUAUGAGUCACACCACAAGUUUUCACUCUUCUGAAGUGUAUUCUGCUCCCAUCACAUCCUCUGUUGAGGAUAUAGUAGUGACAAGCUCCUCUAGUAGAACUGUUUCAGGCAAAGAAUCAAAUUUUGAGAGCCAGAACCUAGAAAUAGAAUCUAAACAAGAAAAUACCUUGUGGGAAAUGGAAUCAACUACAACAACCUCAUCUUUAGAGUCUACUGUACCUAAUACACCAUCAGUUGUUGGUGAACAAAUAAGUAAAGUCAUAAUCACAAAAACUGAUGUGGAUUCUGAUUCCUGGAGUGAAAUUCGUGAAGAUGAUGAAGCAUUUGAGGCACGGGUUAAAGAGGAAGAACAAAAGAUAUUUGGCUUAAUGGUAGACAGACAAUCACAGGGCCCUACCCCUGACACUACUCCUGCCAGGACCCCAACUGAAGAGGGGACCCCAACAAGUGAGCAAAAUCCAUUUCUUUUUCAGGAAGGAAAAUUGUUUGAGAUGACCCGAAGUGGUGCCAUUGAUAUGACCAAAAGGUCCUAUGCAGAUGAAAGUUUUCACUUUUUCCAAAUUGGUCAAGAAUCCAGGGAAGAGACUCUUUCCGCAGACAUGAAAGAAGCGGCCACAGGGGUUGAGCCCCCACAGCUGGAGACAACAGCUGAGUCACUAGCACUUUCAGAAUCAAAAGAAACACCGGAUGAUGAAGCAGAGCUGCUUCCAGAUGACCUGAGUGAGGAAGCAGAGGAAACACCUGCUUCGGAGGCUCCAACUUCCACUGAAACAUCCUUCAAACAGGCGAGUCCUACAGGGGCUGAGGACUUCCCCUCUGUGCAAGUGAGCGAUGCACUUUCUCUGUCCAGUAUGAAGCAGACACCUUGCCCUGAUGCCCCUGAGCCAGUUGUACAAGUUCAGUUAGACUUUUCCACAGUGACCAGGUCUGUAUAUUCACAGCGGGAUGAUGACUCUCCCGAUUCUUCCCCAGAAGAACAGAAAUCAGUGAUUGAAAUUCCCACUGCACCCAUGGAGAACGUGCCUUCUACUGAAAGCAAAUCCAAAAUUCCUGUAAGGAUUAUACCCACUUCAUCCCCAGCACCUCCAUCUGCAGAAGAUGAGAGCCCAUUUUCUGAGGACCUAUCAUCCAGUCUAAUUGAGGAAAGUGAGGAGGAUGAAGCAAAACCAAAGUCCAAAAUCCCCGUGAAAGCACCCAUCCAAAGAGCCGAGCAGCAGCUCUCACAUCUAGACUCGUCUCUCCAGAAGACCAUGGCUCCUCAGGGACAGGAUACAGCAAGCAGAACAUCAGAUAACAGAAGCAAAUCAGAAUCUGAUGCCAGUACUUUGGACUCAAAGACCAAAUGCCCAGUAAAGGCCAGAAGUUACAUUGAGACAGAAGCCGAGAGCAGGGAGAGGUCAGAGGAGCUUGAGUUAGAGUCAGAAGAUGAGGCCACAAGACCAAAGAUAUUUGCCUCCUGUUUGCCAGUUCAGAGCGGAAGCACCACAUCUUCCUGCAGGGAAGAAAGUAAGGAGCAUUUCUUUGACCUUUACAGAAACUCCAUAGAAUUCUUUGAGGAGAUUAGUGAUGAGGCCUCCAAGUUAGUAGAUAGACUUACACAGUCAGAAAGGGAGCAGGAAUUAGCUUCAGAUGAUGAAAGUAGUAGUGCCCUGGAAGUUUCAGUUAUUGAAAAUCUGCCACCUGUUGAGACCGAGCACUCAGUUCCUGAGGACAUCUUUGACACAAGGCCCAUUUGGGAUGAGUCCAUUGAGACUCUGAUUGAACGCAUCCCUGAUGAAAAUGGCCAGGACCUUGCCGAAGAUGCAGAGGAGGAGCAGGAACGGAUCGAGGAAAGGCUGGCUUAUGUGGCCGAUCACCUUGGCUUCAGCUGGACAGAAUUAGCAAGAGAACUGGACUUCACUGAGGAGCAAAUUCACCAAAUUCGAAUUGAGAACCCCAACUCCCUUCAAGACCAGAGCUACGCACUAUUGAAGUACUGGCUGGAGAGGGACGGGAAACACGCCACAGAUACCAGCCUCAUUGAAUGCCUCACCAAGAUCAACCGAAUGGACAUUGUUCAUCUCAUGGAAACCAACACAGAACCUCUCCAGGAGCGCAUCAGUCAUAGCUAUGCAGAAAUUGAACAGACCAUUACACUGGACCACAGUGAAGGGUUCUCAGUACUGCAAGAGGAGCUCUGCACUGCCCGGCACCAGCAGAAGGAAGAACAAGUUGUUCCUAAAGAUGGGGAGUCCUGUGAUCACCCUCCCAUCGUCUCCGAGGAAGACAUCUCUGUCGGUUAUUCCACUUUUCAGGAUUGCAUCCCCAAAACCGAGGGUGACAGCUCAGCAACACCACUCUCUCCCGAGAUGCACAAAGAGCAAGUCCAACCAGAUUUCUCAGGGAAGAUGCAAGACCUGCCUGAAGAUCAGGAGGAAUACUUUGUGACAACCCCAGGAACAGAAGGGUCAGAGACUCAAAAGGCCACAGUGAUACCUGGCUCUCCCAGCAAGAUACCUGAAGAGAUCAGCACCCCUUCUGAGGAGGAGAGGCUAUACCUCCAGACCCCAACAUCCAGCGAGCGGAGCGGCUCUCCCAUUGUGCAAGAGCCUGAAGAGAUUCCUGAGCCCCAAGAGGAGAGUUCUCCACAGAAAACCAGCCUUGUGAUCGUGGAGUCUGCCAGUGACCAGCCACAGGCCUUUCAAGGACUUGAGGGAGAUGCGGCUUUUGAAAAG